GACAAUACAAAGAUGGCUCUUCCACCUUCUCUCAAACCUCUCGCAAUCGGAGACACAUUUGCUCCUCACACCCUCGAGCUCUACGUAGACUACCUCUGCCCUUUUUCCGCUAAACAGCUCAUUGGCGCCCACCAUCAUCUUCUGCCUCUCAUCUUUGGAGAGGAAGCUCCUUACAAGGGACAAGUCAGGAUCGUUGUCAGACCCUACCCACAACCUUGGCAUGGCACCUCGACGCUACUCAAUGAGGCGGCUUUGGCUAGCGCAAAGAUUGCGAGGAAGGAGCAGGAGCUGAUUGCGGAUCCUAAAACGAACUCCUUCUGGAUCUUCUCCCAGACGCUCAUGGCCAAGCAAGAAGCCUACUUUGACGAAAAGUCCCGCACGCGUAAUCCAGACCAAAUUCGCGCCGAGCUGGCGAAUAUGGCUAUUGAAGUCCUCGGAGAAGCUCCGAAGAAGUCUCGCUCUACCCCACUCGUGAACCUGCCUCCCGGACAACCUCUGGGAGGAACGGUGAGGAAUUUGUUGAAGGUGGGAGAAGGAAAUGCGGGAAGUGCAGUCAUUCCGGAUCUGAAGUAUUGUGUCAAGUUUGGGAGACAAAACUCGAUUCAUGUGACGCCUACUGCUGUCUGGAAUGGACUGGUAGAGGGAUCAGUUUCGAGCUCCUUCCAGGCCAAGGAUUGGAAGGAGUUCCUCGAGAAGAAUGUGGGUCCUCCGGCUUCGGCAGUAGCCGCACCUACGACAAGCAACGGGCAAUGACUGAGUUCUCCGAGUUCGUCAACUGGGGGAUCUCCGGCGUCGAGAUCACGGGCUAGAUACUAGCUGAGCUCCUAUUGGAGCACUCGGGUAGGCGCGUUGGCCACGUUGUGAUGUUUGCGUACGCCGUGCUCUCCUCCCUCUCGUCUUCCCUUCUUAUCCUUGAGAAUCUUGUAGAAAGACCUACAUACCCGAUCCGUGCUUCAGUACGGCCCCUCCUCACCUCGCCGUUGGCAAUAUCAUACACGUCACCUCGCCCCAUAGCGCAAUGCCGCUUGAGGUACCACGGAGUACAUGAGCAAGAUGUCAAUGUCACUGUAAAAG